UAAACAAGAGUUGUUUUUGACCUGCCGAAACAAUCAAAAGGCUCUGCUAACUACACCGGACUAGGGAUUUCGAUUCUUUUUGACCAAGCUGUUGAGCGGGUUUGACUUGAUGAAUACGACGACAUUCCUUUGCUAUGUUUUGUGUUUUUAAUGGUCUUGCUUGAUUGCGUUACAUCAGCCAAGAGGCUAACCAGCCUUUAGCUUGCAUAACAUUUGACAUUAACUGACCCCUUGGCAGCGGAGUAACAACUAGCAGUGGGUUAAUAGUAGGAAAUAUAUACGUAAGAAUACACUUUCAAAGCUAUAAUGGGUGGAAGGCAUGCCAUUAAUCUGUAAUGUCACACUGACUAUGCACUUACGAAACGACCAGUCUUUAGUUGUUAGCUGCUGGGCUCAUACUUCCUCUCUUUAUUAUUCUGCGUUCCGCUGUGACUUAACUCCGACAAAAGAAGAAGACUUUGAAUAAUGUUGGCGCUAGACAUAUGAAAACAAUGAGACCUGAACGCCACUGCCUUGACAUGGCUGAGGAUGGAGCGCUGAGUCCAACGGGAGGACGUGCUGAAUCAUCAUCAGGCCGUUCUGGUCGACAAAUCUUCAGAAGUUCAGCCCAUUUCCGCAGCCUGCUGGACGGCCUGCUCUCUCUCAGACAGGGAGACAUCCUGUAUGAUGUUGAGCUGGUGGUGGAGGGUCGACCUCUCCGGGCCCACCGUGUACUUCUGGCAGCCUCUUGUGAUUAUUUCAGGGGGAUGUUUACUGGAGGUCUCCGGGAGGUGCAGCAAAAGGAGAUUCCAAUCCAUGGAGUGUCCUACAUUGCCAUGAAAAAAGUACUUGACUACAUCUACACAUCAGAGAUCGAGUUAGACAUGGAGUGUGUUCAGGAAGUCCUGACAGCUGCCACGUUAAUACAGCUUGAAAAUGUCAUCAGCUUCUGCUGCGACUUCCUGUUCUCCUGGCUGGACGAGAGCAACAUUUUAGAGGUGCAUCACAUUGCCGAUCUCUACGGACUGGAGCAGCUUAAAGCCAGAGUCCACUGCUUCAUCCUCAGGAAUAUCCAGACUUUGUCUCAAACAGAUGAGUAUCGACAACUCCCACAAGAUGUAGUCUUCAGAGCGCUAAACAGUGAUGAGCUCCAGGUGACCAGUGAGAAUGAGGUGUACGAGGCCGCUCUCCACUAUCACUACAGUCCAGAGGAGGUGGAAACUGACCAGGUGUACUUGCAGGUCAGUCUAAAGGAAAAUCUAAAGAUGCUCCAAGCUGUACGUUUCUGCCUGAUUGAGAAGCAAGUGCUGCAGAGACUGCACAGCAGACUGGAUCAGUGUCCACUGAAAGACUCAGUUUCAGCUGCGCUUCGGUACCACGAGCAGGAGGUGUUGCAGCCCGUCCUGCAGAGUCCUCUCACACAGCCGCGGUCCACCUUCCACUGCAUCCUGGGCUUCGGCGGGAUGUUCAGCUCCAGCACCCUUGCAGAAAGCGAGCACCUGUUUCAGGUGUACCUCCCGAGCUGGGGGGAGUGGAGGACUCUCACUGCAGCUCAUGCUCCUCGAAUGUCCAAUCAGGGCGUUGCUGUGCUCAACAACUUUGUUUAUCUUAUCGGGGGCGAUAAGAACACCAGUGGAUUUCGUGCAGAGAACCGUUGCUGGAGAUACGACCCUCGUCAUAACAGCUGGUGCUCCAUCCAGCCUAUGCAGCAGCAGCAUGCUGACCACUGUGUCUGUGUGGCGGGCGGCUAUAUCUACGCCAUCGCAGGGCGAGACUACAGCAGCGAGCUGGACUCAGUGGAGCGCUACGACCCACACACCAACAUGUGGGAAUUUGUAUCACCUUUGAGGAGAGAAGUGUAUGCCCAUGCUGGAGCAGUGGUAGAUGGGAAGAUUUAUAUAACAUGUGGGCGUCGAGGAAUGGCAUACCUCAGAGAGACCUACUGUUUUGAUCUUGCAGCCAAUGCGUGGACAGCAUGUGCAGAAGGACCAGUGGAGCGAGCGUGGCAUGGCAUGGCUGCUGUUAACAGACGUGUGUAUGUUAUUGGCGGAAGUAAUGAUGAGCGUGGAUAUCGGCGUGAUGUCCUAAAGGUGGCUUGCUUUGACCCUGGAACCAACUCUUGGUCUUUAAUGACCCCCCUCCCCGCUGGACAUGGAGAGCCUGGUGUUGCUGUGCUGAACAAUCGCAUCUAUAUACUGGGUGGGCGCUCACAUAACAAAGGCAACAGGAUGAAUUAUGUUCACGUGUACAACCCUGACACAGGCGAGUGGGAAAAGGACACUGAAUUUAAAGAGCGCGUCUCUGGCCUGGCAGCCUGCGUGGCACUCAUGCCCCCUGCUGUGAUCGCUCAGGCCAGAAACUGGGAGCAGCGCACCAAGGCUUCAUGGGAAGAUGUGGACAGAGACAGCUCAGAGGACUCUAUUGAGGACUGAAGCAGCUAUGUUGAACUAAAUCCCCCAACUCUCAUGCACUUUUCUUAUUGUAACAUAUGUUGUGACUGUGCUCGUGGCCACAUUGUUCCCUUUAUUUUUCGUUUGCAUGUUGACCACUUUGAGUGCCUCCAUACUAAAGUGUCUUUUAAGAUCUUUGCACAUGUUUUGUCGGUUUCUCAGAUUUAAGAACUUGCACAAAUGUUCUACCUUCAUUCUUUCUAUUUUUACCUGAAUUCUGAUGGCUAUGCAAAACUGUGGACUACGUUCAGCUGCAGAGAUUUAUUAUUACAGGACUUUUGGAAAAUGGACCUUCUAAUACUGGUUUUAGAUGAGUUUUUGACAGGCAGCUGCUGUUGUUUCAUAGUUUGCUACUUCAAAGUUAUUUCCAGGAUCUAAUAAUCAUAAAAACCAGACUACUUUGGGGUAUCUACACAAAUGUUUCAUUAUGUGUGUAAUCAUCACAUUUCAAUGUUUAAUUGUGGGCCUAAUCCUCAGCCUCUUUCUUCUCUGUUAUUGGAGCAGAUUGAGAUGAGCCUUAGAUUUAAUAUAGUAUUUACUGUAUGUUUAUAACUUGAGUGAUGAGAAGGUGGUGCCAAUGGGUGGAGAUCUCACCUUAUUUUAUGUUGCCAUGCCCAUUAAUUUCAUGCAAACCAAGCCCCUCUUUUUGUGUGUCUUUUGAUUCAUUUUGUAUACAGUACAACUGUAAAUCUAAAUGAAUUUCUGUUGACAGAAUCGGGCCGUACUUCUUUCUUCUGUGUUUUCUUAAUGACAUUUAAUAGAGGCAGAAAGUAGGACAGAUGACACCUCUGCCCUUAUGCAUCUACUCAUGAAAUAUAUUUUUCAUUCUUAAUAUUAUGUUUAGGUUUUUUUUAACCAGUGAGCAUGGGGCGUGCAAGUAUCCAAAUCUUCAUAAUUAAAUAAAUGAAUAUAAUUUUU